AUGGAUGAACAGUACCAAGCCGUUGGGGAACAGUACAAAGCCGGAGAUGAGCACAAAGAAAGGCGCCAAGGAGAGGAAGAUGGGGCGGAGGAGGCAGCUGAAAGUCUGAAGGAGAGGUUGAGGGAGAAGGAAGCAGCGAUGGAGGGUCUGCUGGCGAAGCUUCAAGAGGCAGAGAAACAGCUGAAGUGCCUUCAUCAGCGAGAUUCGUAUUCUGCUGCCGCUGCUCCAGGCCAAGACAAUGCCCAGAUGGAUAGCAAAGACAUUGAGAUCGAGCGUCUUACAGCCGAGCUCUUGUUCAAAGAAGAGGAGAUGGAGCAGACUCGCAAGCAGCGAGAGGAGGAGGAGCGAAGGCGCCAAGCAGCAGAGGCCGAAGCGAGGGAGUUGAAAGAAAAGAUGGCAAAGGCUGGGACAGAGAGGGAGCCACGUGUGCAGGAGGAUCGUGUCGAGAUUUUGGAGCAGUCAAAUGGGAAGGAUGUGAAAGGCAUGGUGGGAAACGCAGGCAACACAGAAGAGGCACGCCCGAGCAUGGGAGAGAGAUCGGAGAAGAGGCAGGAGGAGCAGAGGCUGGAAAGGAGAGAGGGUGAGGGGAAGCAAGCAAGUGGAAGGAAGCAGGGGAAUGAUGACGUGGCAGUGAUGGAAGUUGACAGCGAUGAGGCAGGUGCUGACUCAGCGCAUGACCGCAGUGACUCAGCAUGCGGCUUCGAUGAGUCAAGGCCCUUGAUGCGUGAUUCAGCAGAGCACAGCCGGUUUGUGGCAUCGCAGCUGAUAGCGCACUGUCCUCAAGACUUUCUAUCCCUGGUUGCAGCGCCCACUGCUGCUCACUCCCCCCUAGCCAUUGUUGCAGCUGCCACUGCCACUCGCUGCCUUCCCGUCUAUGCGUCGUCCCGUUCCACUCUCUGCCUCCCUUACAUUGCAAGGAACACAGCCCCAGAUGCAAACAUGCACUGUCACACUGCCACACACGCACAGGCGCACAGUCCUGGCAUGGCAUGUCUUCUUUCCACUGACGCUUCAAGGGGAUCAGCGGCUGCGCUGGGAUGGAGAGGUGGAGAGGAGGUGUGGGGAGGGGGAGAGGGUGGGGAUGGGAGGUGCGCAGAUGUGCAGCGGCAACUGCAAGAUGGCUUCUCGAAUUGUGUCUCAGCGAUCUUCCCGUUCGUUCCCCAUCUCCCCCCCUCCCUCCUCUCGUGUACUCACCCAUCUCUUCCCCCUGCUCCCGUCUUUCUCUUCUUUGCUGCCCUCUCAAUCACACCAGCUCCUGAUUGGCAUCGACUCGCCUCACCACUUCUUCUCUCCCUCCCUCUUCUCCAUUCCUCUCACUGCAUCACCCUUUUCCUGUCCCCAUCUCUUCCUUUGCUGCCCUCUCAAUCACACCAGCUCCUGAUUGGCAUCGACUCGCCUCACCACUUCUUCUCAACGCUGCUGGAUUCCGCCUGCUCGCAAGCUUCUGUACCUCAGGACACAGCUGGGCGGGUGAGAACAGCAGGAGGGGUGGCAGCAGGAGCCCAGGUGCAAGGGACGGAUGUGGAGGGGCGGAUUACUCUUGCUGCUACAGGGUCUUCUAUUGCUGCUGCUGCUGCUGCUGCUGCUGCUGCUGCUGCUGCUGCUGCUGCUGCUGCUGCUGCUGCUGGGGCUAUCAACGGGCAGCAAGCAGCACAGCUGGGCAUGGGGAGCUCUGAGGCAUGUGUUGAGAACGCUCGUGCUGCACAGAAAACAAGUGUUGAGGUGCCUCACAAGCAGGAAUCAAGGCUGGCUGCGUUGGGAGGAGCACAGGCUCUGCUGCUGCACUGCUGCCAGCAGUGCGUCCUACUCAGCAUUGCACUUGCUGAGCUGGCGGAUAAGGCUGCUGAUGUUGUCAGGCGGGAUGCUGAUGUGGCUGAAAGUAACUGCGAUGGUAAUGAUGACGAUGAAAAUGGGGAGGAGGAGAAAGAGGAGGAGGAAGAGGAGGAAGAGAAUACUCAUAGUGAUGUUUCUGGAUGGGAAGCUUCUUGGAAGGAGUGUGUGGGAAGCAGCUUGGGCACAGCGGCAGAAGGAGUGGGUGAUUUGCUGUCAGGGAGAGGGUGUGACAGCAUGGGAGGGGGGUGGGGUGGUGUAUGUGAUGCCUUGGCAGCAGCAGCUGAGAUGCUGAGAGGAAUCGUGGAGUGA